AUGGAAGCGCGACGACCAAAGGAACGCGUUGCAGCGGGUUUGUUUUCGAAUUUCUUCGGGGGCCUGUUUGGCGAAGAAAUAUUCCCUCAGUACUACGCACCUUCCUUACGGGCGAAAAUCUCCGGCACAACUCGGCGAAAAUCUCCGGCGCAACGCAGCUUCCGGCGAAACCCUUCGGCAAAGCGGAGCUUCCGGCGUAAGCGAAGGAUCAUGAGUGCAAGGACUUUCAACUGUAGAUGUCGUCCAUCUGCAGUGAGAAGUGCCCUGGAUGCUAUUCGUGAUCUUCUUUCAGAGGAGACCAUUAAUAAUUUAAGGGAAAUAAGGGUGUUCAACUUCUUUGACAUGCCCCCAUAUCCCCAGGACAAUGUGAUGACUUUACAUAUUUUGAGAUGCUGGGAUAAUGAGAGGGGUGUCUUCAGAAUGGGUGGAAAGGAGGUUCAGUUACAUGCUGACCAUGUGGCUAUGUUGAUAGGGAUGCCCAAUAGAGGAGAGCCUGUUUCAUGGAAAAGAGGACCCCUAUCAAAUGUGGAUGCCAGACAAAUAAAGAACCAACUCACAAACUUUUUUGCAGAAGGAGCCUCCACCCCACCUUUUGAGGAGUUAUACUUGAAAUUUUUACUAACUAACUUGUUUUUUCCUUCAAGCAAUUUUCAUGUGCAUGCAGAGCUAUCUUCUUUUGCUGUAAAUGUACAAGCUUUUUCGUCUUACAAUUGGCCUGCUGCCAUAUGUGAUAUGAUCAUCGAUCAAGUUAGAAUCGCCUCAGUGAAAUUAAGGCAAAAUAAAUCAAUCGGCUACAUUCAAGGAUUUGUAUUUCUCUUAACAGUGAAUGACGGAUUCCUGGCUUUAACUGAUGAUGAAGUACAACUCCUCGAAAAUCCAGAGCAGGGACCGCCGAUCCCUGCAAGCCAGGUUCCACCUCACGAAAGCACUGCAGGACCAUCUUCACCUAAAGCGUAUGCCAGGGGAACAAUUGUCUCUAGUGAUAUAACCCCAGUACCCAGACAUACAACGGAGAGUGCUGAUUUUGGGGUGAUAUAUGAGAUGCUGAAAUCUCAGGAGCAGAUCAGCUUAAAUAUACAACAAACUGUUACUGGUGUGAGUGCACAGAUGAACACUGUGGUUGAAGCAUUGUCCACCCUAACAGGUUUGGUGCAUCGACUAGUUGAAACCAAAGCUGAGAAGUUCUCUGAGAAAACAAUAUCUGAGACAAGUAAGAAGACCAGCAGUAGUGGUCAUCAGCAGAAGAGGAAAGUUGACCGCCCUGCAUCUCAAUACCAAUUUAAAAGAAGACACAGAAAAGUUGAUGAUGUAGAUAUUAUUGCUCCUGUCAAUAUAGAUGUACCAGAACCAACAAUAAGGAAUACUGAUGUUCCUUUAGAGGCUGGAGACGCCGAAGAAGCAACACGAGAGGCACAACAUGCACAUAUGUCCGAUGAUACAAUCCAAGAAGACCCUUUAGAAGUUGAACGGGCAGUUAAAGGUGUUAUUGAAGCUCUGGCCGAAUCAACGCGGCUUUUGACUGAUUCAAAAAAGGAUGAACCCCAGAAGGCCCAACUUUCAGAUGAAGAAAUCUUACAGGCAACCGAGUAUCAACAUCUUUCUAGUCGAAGCCCCAGCCCUGAUGCAGACCAAUAUGCCAUAGUCGUACGUCCUCCGGCUUCAACUUUUGAAUAUCCUGGUAGGCCAUUCAUCUCAAUUGAGAUGCAGGAAGAAAUAGAGCAGUGUCUAUCCAGGUACAAGAGCAGUGACGUUAUCAUUACAAGAGGUCAUAUUUUGAUUCAUCGAUCAGCACUGGAAGAUAUAUUAUUAGAUAAGUGGCUUGCAGACGAACAUGUUGAUAUAUUUGCAGUCAUGUUGCAUGAGACAACUUCGAAGCGACCAGAGUUAUACCGGCCAUACCUGUAUGUCUCACCAAUGUUUGGGAUGCAUAAGACAUAUGGCAGCAAACCUUAUGUUAGACAUAUCACCAACGAGGUCGUCAAAGAAGCAAAAGCCAUUUUCUUUCCAAUUAUUCAUAAUCAACAUUGGAUCUUGUUGGUGCUGGAUCUCAGGUUGAGAAAAUGGCGAAUAUACGACUCGCUACCCAACCAAAUACAUAAGGCUGGCGCUAUGGAAGUUGUGAAUAUGUUUGCUAGGGACGCCGGUGAUGCAUUUACAUCUAAAAUCAAUAAAUGGUCCCUGUCAAUCACAAAGAACGUACCCACACAAAGGAAUAGUUUUGACUGUGGGAUGUUCGUCUGCAAGUACAUGCAAACUCUAGUGCAGCGCGAUGAAGUCGACUGGAGUGUACAUAUGAAUUGGCAGGAUCAUAUGCAGAGAUUUAGAGCUGAAUUUGUUUAUGAGUUGUGCUUAUUUUCAAGGACUGCUACUUAA